UAAAUCCUUAGACCGAUAAGGUGUGUCAACUCAGCAUUUCGCUUGCUUGAGGUUAAAGUCCUACUUCCAUUUUCGCGCCAAACACGACCCGGAAGUUAUCGAGUAUUUUUAUUUUGGUUUAUUUUGUUGAUUUAUUUGUCCCCUUGUUUUCUUUUUACUAAACUGACUAAGUGUAAUUAUCUUUUCUGAAAUUUAGUUAAUAUAUAAAACACAAUUUCAUAGCAAACUUUGAGAGUAAGUGGUGGGAGUGCUUCCGGUGUUGUGUAUUUCCACUGAAGACCCACAUGGCUACAGUGAACUGGUGGCUCUUGUUAUUAUACCGCAUAUAUAUGUAGAUAUAGAUAUAUACAUUAAUAUUAAACCACGCUAGUACAUAAUUCAUAUUGUACCAUACUACCCAUGGCAUGGUCGUUGUUAUUACACACUCGUGGCAUGUGACAAGAAGAAAGACAUUUUAAGGUAAAGAGGUCAUUCUGAGCUGUGUGAGAGAACCGCAAAACAUUACAGAUGGCCGACAGCCUACCAGAGAAAAGUCGAGGGAUGAAAUUCGCAGAGCAGCAGCUCGCUCGAUACGGUUGGGCAGAAGGAAAAGGACUAGGGCGGGAUGAGGACGGUAUUUCAGAAGCCAUCCGAGUCAAAGUGAAGUGUAACAAAGAAGGGAUUGGACACAAGAAGGCCGAAGAGUUCACCUUCCAUUGGUGGGACCACGUCUUCAACAAGGCUUCCUCUAGCCUGCAGGUGGAGUCUGGCCAGAAUGGGGUGGAGGUGAAGACCACUGUGGAGACGGAGGGGAGCGUCUCCAACAAGAAACCCAGGAAAGCAGCACUGUCCAAGGACAAGAUGUACGGCUGCUUCGUCAAGGCGGGGACCCUGUUGUCGGGGGAGGCGCCGGCGGAACCUCAGAGCAGCGACUCGAGCAGCAGCAGCAGCUCGGAGGACGACGACCGCAUGGACCUAUCCUCUAUGACCAGGCUUUCCGACGCUGACCUGAUGAAGGCUUGUGGAGGACGCACUGCUCACAAGGGGGCACGGCACGGCUUCGGAAUGAGCGCCAAGCUGGCCAGACUGGAAAAACAGGAAGCAGAAUACAUGGCCAAAUAUGGCAAGAAAAAUCAACUGCCAGAAAACCAACAAGAGAAAAGCCCACCUGUCGACCAAUCGACUGCAAAAUCCCAGGAAGAGAUAAGUGAGGUCCCUCAGAAGAAGAAGAAGAAAAAGAAAAAUAAGAAAGAUGAUCUAGAAAGGGACGACUCCCCAGCCCAGGAGGAGAUAAGUGAGGUCCCUCAGGAGAAGAAGAAGAAGAAGAAAGCUGAUCUAGAAGAGGAGGACGACUCCCCACCCCAGGAGGAGAUAAGUGAGGUCCCUCAGGAGAAGGAGAAGAAGAAGAAGAAGAAGAAGAAGAAAGCUGAUCCAGAAGAGAAGGACUCCUCACCCCAGAAGGAGAUAAUUGAGGUCCCUCAGGAGAAGAAGAAGAAGAAGAAGAAAGCUGAUCUAGAAGAGGAGGACGACUCCCCAGCCCAGGAGGAGAUAAUUGAGGUGCCUCAGGAGAAGAAGAGGAAAAAAAAAAGUGAUCCAGAAGAGAAGGACUCCUCACCCCAGAAGGAGAUAAUUGAGGGGCCUCAGGAGGAGAAGAAGAAGCAAAAGAAAGGUAAUCUAGAAGAGGAGGCUCACUCCUCACCCCAGGAGGAAAGGAGGAGGAGGAAGAGAGGGGAGGAAGAGUUGGAAUUGAUGGAGGCUGCCGUGAAGACCCCAGAGUGUUCCUUAGAAGAACAACCCGUUCAGAAAAAGAAGAGAAAAUCCUGCCGGGGAGAAAAGGAGACGGAAGAGGAAUGUCCUCCAAAACCCAAGACAAAGAAGAAGAGGAGGAAGGAGAAAGAAGAGGAGACCAACAUGGAUGAGGAGGAGAGGAGCGUAGAGGAGGAUCAGACUCAGGAGGAGGCCCAAGCUGCUGCACAUCCCAAGAGGAAGAAGAAGGAGAAGGAGGAGACUAUAAUAGAGGAGGAGCAGACUCAGGAGGAGGCCCAAGCUGCUGCGCAUCCCAAGAGGAAGAAGAAGGAGAAGGAGGAGACUAUAAUAGAGGAGGAGCAGACUAAGGAGGAAGCCCAAGCUGCUGCUCCUCCCAGGAAGAAGAGGAGCAAGGAGUCCAGAGAGUAGAAGACGGGGUCAGCAGUCGUUUGUUUCAGUCCAUCCUUCAGGAAUUUAUUGAAAGACUGUUCACUGUGCAUUGUUAAAUUAACAUGUCAUAAUAUUAUAAACGUAUCUCUUUGCCUCAAAAUAUAAAAUAUUCACUGAAUAUAUAUAUAUAUA